AUGGUUAAUAUCAAUCUCAUAUGUCUUUCCAAAGUCAGAAGAGGAGGUGAGCUUGGAACGAUUCCGUCGACAACAACAGAAGGACGUGACAGCAAGCCCGCCUUCUACGACUAUCACGAAAGGAGAAUAUUGUGGAACGUGAAAGCGGAGAUGAAGGCGCGCAGUAUGUCUUCGUCAACUCCGGAUGAGAUGCCAACUCCCAUUUAUCGAACACCUGAGUUUUGUUGGUCAUCUGUUCAUCUUCGACUACUUGGCGAUCUUUUGACUGGAAUUGAAGCUGUAGUUGAAGAGUGGAAGUUAUCGGAAUCGCCGUCCGUUACAGAUCUUUGCAACACGAAUGACAAUCAGAUUUUUGUUGGAAAUACCGUGCACGUCAUUUCGCAACUGGCCGACAGUCUCAUUAUGGCUUGUGGUGGACUGCUCCCGCUUUUGGCUUCGGCGACUUCACCCAAUAGUGAGUUGGAGAUCACUGACGCUUGUCAGCAGGAACUCCCAAUUGAUUGUGCUGCAUCGCUGUUGUCGCGGUUCGUACAGCUGGUUGACGUCUUCGUUUUUGCUAGCGGCGUUUCGUUUGCUGAAUUAGAACAGGAGAAGAAUAUGCCUUCUGGAGGUGUCUUACGUCAAGUGCUACGCUUAAUCUCGACGGCCGCAGUUCGACACAUUCUUACCGCCCGUGUCCUCCGACCUGAUAGCAACGGUCACGCGUUUGAGGCUCAUGCAAGCACGAAAAAUGAGGCUAUCUACGAGUUUGUUAAAGGAGCCAUUGAGUCGCAAGGAAAAGAAGGAAUCGUGGACUUAGAUCGCCUCUUGCAAGACGUUGAUUUGCAGCGCAUCAAGGGUGCGGUUUACCGAGACAUGGUGGAAGAGAAUCGUCAAGCUCAAUUCCUCGCCUUGGCCGUAGUUUACCUUCUUUCGGUACUCAUGGUGUCCCGAUACAGGGACAUUUUAGAGCCGCCGGCUAGUCCGAGUCCUUUCUUCAAUUCUGCGACACGGUGGGUGCGGGUCUACGAAGAAUGUAGCACGCCUGGGUCUUCCACUGCUGGUGGAUCAGACCUUGCGAAACCUCCUACCCCAGAGAAGUCAACGACGAACGGUGAAGCUGCGAGUGAAGACGAGUGUAAAGAGGGCAAAGAAGGCAUCUCAGCCAUUAUGGUAGCACCGGGAACCAUGAAAAAAGAUGGGAAAGACUAUAAGGCCGAAGAACUGUCAAAGCUGGGUGGCUCCACCACCACUGCUCCUUCUCAACAGCCGGCUGAGCGAAGACAGGAAAUUAUGAGUGAUUUCCGGUCGUUUUUCCAAAAAACGCUGCUUGGUACACAUGGUCAAGAGAUAAUGAACGAUAGCAAGGUACUGGAGACUCUGAAAAAUAAACAAGGCUCUGUCAUCGAGCUUGUUAUGUUGCUCUGCUCACAGGAAUGGCAGACUUCUCUUCAAAAACAUGCUGGACUUGCCUUUAUUGAAUUAGUCAACGAAGGGCGCCUUAUGGCUCACGCUACUCGGGAUCACGUUCUUCGCGUCUCGAACGAGGCAGACUUCAUUCUAAAUCGUCUUCGUGCUGAGGACGUCAGCAAGCAUGCACAUUUCGAGAGUGAAACGAUGGCGAAUCUCGACGUGCGGCGCGAUGAGGAAGCACGUUGGGCGCAAGCCAUCCGAAAUGGACGACGAAGAGAUGGUCGCCUUGCUGCAAAGUUGCUGGGAAAUAUGAUGACCGUACUGUGUAGUCCCAGUGGAGCCUGGAGUGCAGGAGACGAAACUGCGCAAUUGUUCUGGCGCUUGGAUGUCUGGGAGGAUGACAGUCGCCGAAGACGUCGUUUUGUUCCGAACGUGUUCGGUUCGAGACACGAGGAGGCAAGUGUAGUUAGUGUGGCGUCUGAUGCUGAGGAGCUCAGCGAAGAGGAGAAACUGAGAGCACCUCGCGAAUAG